GUCUCCCCUAACUUCCUUGGGUCACUGAUGGUUAGGAUGAUGACACACGGACGCGAUUCAUCUGGCUACCAAAAGAUCCUCAGACAUCCGCUUAGAUCCAUCACGACGUUCGUGGAUCAGAUGUACAGCUCCCUGGCGACACUGGUAGAGAACGGUGGAGGGGAGGGAGAGAUGGAGGACUACUGGAGAAGUACCCUGGUUACUGUUCACCAUCACAUGAAGCAGUCACUCGCCCUCGGCGAGAUCUCUGAGGCAACCUUCAGCAACGAGGAACAGCUUGCUGAUCUGGUACUCCAAAUGAUGGCCUCCUAUUGAUGAAGAGGACGAGGAGGAUUCAAAGUUGCUUGUGACUGCAUUAAAAAUAUCAAAUAUUAUUUGACCUUUUAAUAAAACUUAAGAAAACGAAUAAUUUUUGUUAUUACUGUAUUAUUAUUAUUAUUAUUACUAUUAUUAUUAUUAUAUUAUUAUUAUUAUUAUUAUUAUUAACACAACGGCCGUUUCCCACCGUGGCAGGGUGACCCGAAGAAAAAACCGCUUUCCUCAUCACUCACUCAUGAAUAUAUAAGAUUUUAUAUAUAAAUAAGUCCCCAACUGUCGGAUUUAGUCUGAGUUCACAAGCAAGCUAACUCACGAUCUUCUGAAAUAUCCCCACCACAUAUAUAAUAAUGAUACUUAACAUAUAAAACGAGAUUAUACGCCGCAAGUGACCAAACCUGUGGUAUUCUCUCGCUAUAAUAUUAAAACAUCUUAUUCACACACUCCCAGAGCCACCAUUGCUCACUCCAUGACUGCAUAUAUAAUGUAGCUCCUGGAACCAUCUUGUGAUGAACCAACUUGUGACGAACCAUCUUAUGAUGAACUAUCUUGUGAUGAACCAUCUUAUGAUGAACCAACUUGUGACGAACCAUCUUAUGAUGAACCAACUUGUGAUGAACCAACUUAUGAUGAACCAUCUUGUGAUAAACCAUCUUGUGAUGAAUCAACUUGUGAUGAACCAUUUUAUGAUGAACCAACUUGUGAUGAACCAUCUUAUGAUGAACCAACUUGUGAUGAACCAACUUAUGAUGAACCAACUUGUGAUAAACCAUCUUGUA